AGGAGUAUCGAAUGCCAGUUUGGUGUGCACUGUACGCUGGAACCUUCACUGGAAAAACUCAUUGCGAGUUCAAGUUAAAUAGGCACAAGAUUUAACUUUAUUUACCAACUGUUUUCUUUUUUUAAUAGACUCUCAAUUGGAUUACUCACUCGUAUCAAUGACGUGAUGUUUAAGAGACUAUUCAUGCCCUUUGGAAGAAGCAGUUCAGCGCGGACUUCGAACAUGAGUUGGUGUCCACAAUAUACAGGCAGAGUGUAACAUUUCAAGUGGAUUGUAAAUUCAAUUCACCGGAGCCUAACGUCCACCUGAAAUAAGGAUUUUGUGCAUUUUAUCACGACUGUUUUUGAGUCUGCUACUACACGGAUGGAGUAGGCUACUUUGGUGAUACGCACAAUCUUUUCUGUCAGAGCGUUUUUUUUUGUAGUCGAUAAAAUGAAAUGGAUGUAUCUAUAGACAACGGCUUCGCCAUACAAAGAAGAGUAUGAUAAUACAGUUGCGCCAACUGGACAAAACAGAUGUUUACUGAAGAAGCAAGAACAAAAGGGUCACAUUUACUGUAGCCUGCUAAUUAAAUGUGCAUCAACAACCGCAAAACGCACUCCAGAACACAGGUUCGCGGGUGAAGACUACUUGUUACUGGACUCAACAUUAUUUUAUGACCAGUAACAAUUUUGAAACUUGUUCUGUCAAUGUGUUUAAACGUGCGCAUAUCAUACCUUACAAAUAUAUUAGACACCGGUAAGGUGAUGAGAUAAAGAAUCCAGAACAUUGUCUCACCAGCAAGAUAUACUUGUUCUGCUUGCAUAGCCUACACGAAACAGGGGAAAAUAAAUUGAUGGUUAAGAUAUCAUUUGCCGUCGUCAACGAGGUUUUACGCAUCAUCUAGGCUAGGCUACAUGCGACACUAUUGAAUGGGAUCUAGAAUUGUGCGAGAUUUACACUAUAUCCACAUUUUCGAAUGAUUUCAUCGUGCCGUUGAUUAAUUUGCCUGACUGAAUAAGCGUGGAAAUGGCAGGCUCCGGUUCCAAUUGGAAGUACUACCUUUGGAUUUUGACAGUCUUGUGCAGGUCGCUGUUGCCCUUUGCCAAAUCGUUGGAAUCGGUGAUUUGGAACUCUCAAAACCCCAAAUUUCAGUAUGGGAAGGGCUUGGUGAUCUACCCAGAGAUAGGGGACAAGUUGGACAUUAUCUGCCCAAAGGCAGACAUGGGGCGGCCAUAUGAGUUUUACAAACUGUACCUGGUGAAGAAGGACCAGGCAGACCAGUGUAGCACAAUCAUGGACCCCAAUGUGUUGGUCAACUGCAACAAACCUGAGAAGGACAUCAAAUUCACCAUCAAGUUUCAGGAGUUCAGUCCAAACUACAUGGGCCUGGAGUUCAAAAAGAACAUCAACUACUUCAUCACAUCCACGUCCAAUGGGACCCUGGAGGGUCUAGAGAACAGGGAAGGAGGUGUCUGCAACACCCUCUCCAUGAAGAUCGUCAUGAAAGUGGGCCAGGACCCGAACACAGUUGUACCGGACCCAGUGAUAACAGACAAGCCAAGCCAAGAGCAUGACAACACUGUGAAGGAGACAACCACCAGCCCAAAUAAGAAGAAGGGGGGCAGUGGUGGGGCCGUGGAGCCAGGCAACAAAGACACCAUGAACCAGGACAACAAGUCCAACUCAGCAGAGGGUAUUUUUGCCUCCAAGCCAGCGCUGUUUGCUGCCAUCGGGGCGGGAUGCGUCAUCUUCUUGCUGAUCAUCAUCAUCCUCAUCGUCCUGCUGAUCAAGCUGAGGAAGAGGAACCGCAAGCACACCCAGCAGCGGACCACCGCUCUGUCACUCAGCACGCUGGCCAGCCCCAAGUGCUCUGGGAACGCUGGCUCGGAACCCAGUGACAUCAUCAUCCCGCUACGGACUACAGAAAACAACUACUGCCCCCAUUACGAGAAGGUGAGCGGGGACUACGGCCAUCCAGUUUAUAUAGUCCAGGAGAUGCCCCCGCAAAGCCCAGCCAACAUCUACUACAAGGUCUAAGGCAAAGACUAUCUUUAGGAUGUUUGCUUGUAGGGGAGAAUUCUGGCCUACCUUUUACUACCUUGUCCAUCUGAUGUUCAAAAACACUUUUGAUGUUCAUGGACACGGUAGUUGAAUAAUUUUGUAUGUUUCCGGAUAGGCCAGGUUUGUGUCGUCUUCUUCUCUUCCUGCUUCUUGCUAGAAAUUUGACAUUUGAAUUUUGCUAUACUGUGUGUCUGAGAGGACUGUAAGAUGGUCAAGCCUAUGGAGUAGAGAAGCCUUUGCAUUGACAAUGGAGACUAGUUGCAAACAGGGUAUACUACACAAACAAAGGACCCUGCAAUAGGGCUGUCACUCAUGGGCUCCAUUCCUGUAAUGAAGCCUCCAUGGUUUGCUCAGAGACAGAAAAAGGCACAGUGUGAUGAUAUAGCAUAACACACUUCCCUUUCACAAAAUGUUUUACCUGCACUAUUCUUUUCUAUGAGUCACCUACAGCAGCUCCCUUUUCACCAAUGCCUGCUCCUUCAACGUUGUGUUUCUUUUCUACUGAAUGUCUAGAUACUAUAUUAUGGUAAAUAUUAAUAUUUUUCAUGUCCUUUACUGAUACUUUGCCACAUGUAGGGGGAUCUGUGUCGUUCAUGGCUAUUUUGAGGUUGUCCACUCUUUCUCUUAUAUAUAUAUAUAAAAAAUACUUACAUUUAUCAAUCUAGGUGACAUAAUUGUGUUAAAUAAGUAUCUCCUCUUCUACUUCUCUAAGCGUGUCUGAACAGGCAAAGUCAGGUAUGCAACUGU